AUUUGGUUGGAUUCGGACCCAAAAUCAAUAACUAGAUCCGACUGCACAGACCCGCUUCAGCCGUUUUCUGCCUUCUGACCUUACCCGAACUAAACCCGAUUCGUUUCUCCAAGCUUCUAUUGAACCGGUGGGGUGCCGUUGGGUAUUCCGUCCACCCGUAGCCGCCGGUGUUGUUCCUUACGAGUAUUAUUCCGUUAUUUUCAUGUCGAACGAUACCUAACAUUGUAUCAGAUUUUCGAAUUACUGAUUAUUAUAAUUAUGAAACUACAGUUUUGAUUGAAGCUGUGUUUUUGGAUUGUAAUUUUCUCAUCACCAAUGGGUUAUAGAUGCAUUCAAUGUGGUUUUCCCAUCAAAACACUUUAUCUUCAGUAUUCUCCGGGUAACAUUCGUUUGAUGAAAUGUGAGAAUUGCAAGGCUGUGGCAGAUGAAUACAUAGAAUGUGAAAUCACGAUUAUUAUAAUCGAUUUAAUACUUCACAAACCCAAGGCCUAUAGACAUCUCCUUUACAAUGUCAUUAAUCAAGAAACCUUGAAGUUUCAGGGACUACUUUGGAAAUUGGCUGCCAUUUUUCUUCUUUUUGAUGCAUACAGAUAUUUGAUCUUGGAAAGCAGCAAAGGUAAAUCAAGUUCAUCGAUGAGCUAUUCCUCACUAGUGUCAACGUGUUGCAAGAUGAUGAUGGAUGUCUUCUUUGGAAACUUUAUGUUUCUUUUAACCUUCUUCUCUAUGGUCAAGAUGUUUCUUCAUAUAUCUCUCAGUGUCUCCAGGUGCAAUGGCAUUUUGCUUGGUCUCUUGAUUUCAUGUUACUUCAAGAUUUUUCUUAUUGCAAUGAUGGUCUGGGAAUUUCCAUCUUCUGUUAUGUUCAUCAUUGAAUUAUUUUGCUUAUCAUCCAAUGCAGUAGCAUUGAAAGUGAUGACGGAGUCAAGUAUGAGUCGAUGUGUAUGGACCUGCUUCAGUGCAUAUGCUAUCAAGUUUUUUUUCAUUCAGGCACAUGAACUCAUGUUGUUAUGGAAUUUCAUGCAAGGUUGGAGUCAAAUGCCAUUCACAUUGUCUUUAAAGUCGACAUUUAUUUAAUUUUAGUUUGUUUCUUUUAGUAGCAGAAUUAUACGGCAAAUGAGUAUUGUGUUUGUGAGUGAUAUCAUUCACUAUUUUUCUUAAAUUUGUGUUUACUUUUA